UUCCGUCCGUUGCCUGUACGCCACUCACUCUGUUGGUCGGUCCUCAUGAAGCAUGGUAAGCAUGUCUAACUACAGAUUAGCGCCAUAUUAUCACCAAGAGCAAUUUCCAUUGCUCCGCCCUAUUGACGGACGUACUAUUGCUUUACUUGGGAAAGAAAUGGGACGAGAUUGGUACCUAUGCGGGAUUUAUCUUGGAAUCAGGAAUGCCAGUCUGCAGUCGAUUCAAGACCGCAACACUAGAAGUCUGGAAACUAUGUCCGUCGAGAUGUUGGAGCAAUGGAAGAAGAUGAAGGGAGAUUGUGCGUCAUCGGAAGAACUUCACGACGCGUUCGUGAAGUUGGGAAGAAGAGACUUAGCAGAAAUGCUGGAAACUGAUCCACCACUAAGAGAAAGAUGUAAUGCAUUGGAUAAAAGAGAGGUUCAGCCACCAAGACAGACAUUGAGGAAAUCCUGUACUGCAGGUUGUCAUAGAAAAGGCAAUCUGUCUAAGUCUACUAGUGCCACUGCAAGCAAUGACCGCAAGUCUAGAGACGAUUCUUAUCUUGAUGAGGCCUCUGAACAAUGGGAUAUCGUACGAGCACAUCAUACAGUGGAAUACCAAGCAGUUCAACAACCCAUCAAUAGGUCUAGCACAGUUUCUCUUCAUCCAGUCAACAUAUUCCCUGGCUACUACGAAUUUUUGUCAAGAGAACAAGGAACAAGGAAAUUAUACAGGGCAAAAGACGGUACCUACUUGAUUCGGCAGCGUCUUCCAAAAUCACAAGAAGAAAAGUUCCAUAGGCACACGCUUAUGGUUAUAGUUCAAGGUGAAAUUUCUAACAUUAGGAUUCUUAUGAAAGAAGAUCAGCGGUUGUACUUAGAGUCCAGUGAACUGCCAAUUUAUUUCAAGACUCUGUUUGAAUUAGUUGAAUGGCAUAAGACAAAUAGUUUUAUAGAUGUAUCUGACAAAGGCUGUCACCGUGUUAAAUUAAUCCGUCCUGUGGAGUAAAACACAACUGGCCAGAGA